AUGGCAGUGGAGGCGAUCUCUCCUGACUGGGAAUUCGACCGAUUUGAUGAUGGAUCUCAGAAAAUUCACACAGAAGUGCAGCUAAAAAACUACAACAAGUUCUUGGAGGGCUACACAUCUCAACUGAAAGCCUUUGAGGAAGCUCUUGAUGACUCCAUUGGAGAUGUUUGGGACUUUACCCUGGAUCCAAUAGCUUUGAAUCUUUUACCUUAUGAGCAGUCCUCUGUUUUAGAGCUGAUCAAAACAGAAAAUAAGGUUCUCAAUAAAGUCAUUACAGUAUAUGCAGCUCUCUGCAGUGAAGUUAAGAACCUGAAAUAUGAGGCUGAGACAAAGUUUUACAAUGGCUUGUUGUACUAUGGUGAAGGAGUUUCAGACACGAGUGUGGUGGAGGGAGAGUGUCAGGUUCAAAUGGGGCGCUUCAUCUCUUUUUUGCAGGAGCUGUCCUGCUUUGUCUCACGUUGCUUUGAAGUCGUGGUUAACCUGGUUCACCAGCUGGCUGCACUCUACAAUAACAACAGAGCUGCCACAAAAAUAAUUGAGUCAAGUGGAGUGCAUUUUCAGACGGUGUAUGAGCACCUGGGUGAACUUCUGGUGAUACUGAUCACCUUGGAUGAGAUAAUGGAGAACCACGGCACUUUGAAAGACCACUGGAAGAUGUAUAAAAGAUUACUUAAAUCUGUUCACCACAACCCGUCUAAAUUUGCAAUUCCUGAGGAGAAACUGAAGCCAUUCGAGAAGCUUUUGCUGAAGCUUGAAGGCCAGCUGCUGGACAGCAUGAUCUUUCAGGCUUGUGUAGAUCAGAGAUUUGACAAUCCUGGGGAAGGUGUGUCAGUCUCCAAAAACAGCGCCUUUGCUGAGGAGUUUGCUCACAACAUUCGCACCAUCUUUGCCAAUGUGGAGUCAAAACUCGGUGAGCCCUCAGAGAUUGACCAGAGGGAUAGAUAUGCAGGAAUAUGUGGCCUUUUUGUCCUGCAUUUCCACAUUUUCCGAACGGUUGAUAAGAAGCUCUACAAAUCACUUUUGGAUGUGUGUAAAAAGGUUCCUGCAGUUACGCUGACUGCAAACAUUAUCUGGUUUUCUGACACGUUUUUGGUUAAUAAAGUCCAAGCAGCAGCCAAAUUGAUGGAUAAGAAAAGUCUUCAGGCUAUUCGUACCAGCAGAGAUACAUUCUUACAACAAAAGGCCCAAGUGCUAACCAAAGACGUACAGUCUUAUUAUGUGUUUGUCACCUCGUGGAUGAUGAAGAUGGAGGCUAUCUUAUCUAAAGACCAGAAAUCUGACAAACUUUCAGAAGACUUGAGCAACAGGUGCAAUGUCUUUCUGCAGGGAAUCCUGUAUGCAUACAGCAUUAGUAUCAACAUAAAAACCACCAUGAACUUGUACAUGUCAAUGCAGAAGCCAAUGACAAAGACCUCUGUGAAGGCCCUGUGUCGUCUGGUGGAACUACUUAAGGCAAUAGAACACACAUUUCACCGCCGGUCUCUAGUGGUGGCAGACUCUGUUUCUCAUAUCACUCAGCAGCUGCAGUCACAGGCUCUGACCGCUAUUGCUACAGCCAAGAAAAGGGUGAUCUCUGAUAAGAAGUACAGUGAGCAGAGACUGGAUGUGCUUUCUGCUUUGGUACUGGCUGAGAACACUCUGAACGGUCCGAGCACCAAAGAAAGAAGACUGGUGGUGUCGCUAGCGCUUAGCGUGGGUACUCAAAUGAAAACAUUCAAAGAUGAGGAGCUUCUGCCUUUACAACUUCUCCUAAAGAAACUGGACCUGAUCAGUGAAUUAAAAGAGAGGGUUAAAUUACAGUGUGACUGCAGCUUUCUCUACUGGCACCGUGCAGUCUUUCCUAUUUACCUGGAUGAUGUAUAUGAUAAUGCUGUGGAUGCAGCUAGGAUUCAUUACAUGUUUAGUGCUCUCAGAGAUAGCGUUCCCACCAUGCUGUACACCAAACACCUGGAAUCCUGCGAGCAGCUGCUAGAGUGCUAUGACAAGGAAAUCAUGGAGGUCUUCAAUGAGCAUUUGUUGGACAAGCUGUGUAAGGAGAUAGAAAAAGACCUUCGGCUCUCAGUCCACACCCAUCUCAAGCUGGACGACCGAAACCCUUUCAAAGUGGGCAUGAAGGACCUGGCUCACUUCUUUUUCCUCAAGCCCAUCCGUUUCUUUAACCGCUUCGUUGACAUCAAAGCAUAUGUAACUCACUACCUAGACAGAACAUUCUACAACCUGACUACAGUGGCUCUCCAUGACUGGGCCACCUACAGUGAGAUGAGGAACUUAGCCACACAGCGAUAUGGCCUGGUCAUGACUGAGGCUCAUCUUCCUAGUCAGACCCUGGAACAGGGACUGGAUGUGUUAGAAAUCAUGAGAAACAUCCAUGUUUUUGUCUCACGUUACCUUUACAACUUAAACAACCAGAUCUUCAUUGAGAAGACGAGCAACAACAAGCACUUGAACACCAUAAAUAUUCGGCACAUUGCUAAUUCAAUUCGCACCCAUGGGACCGGCAUCAUGAAUACAACAGUCAACUUUACCUAUCAGUUCCUCCGUAAGAAGUUCUACAUCUUCAGCCAGUUUAUGUAUGAUGAGCACAUCAAAUCCAGGCUAAUCAAAGACAUUCGCUUCUUCAGAGAAACCAAAGACCAAUCAGAUCAAAAGUACCCCUUUGAGAGGGCAGAAAAGUUCAAUCGGGGUAUCAGGAAACUAGGCAUCACUCCAGAUGGCCAAAGCUACCUUGAUCAGUUUAGACAACUCAUCAGCCAGAUUGGUAAUGCAAUGGGGUAUGUACGGAUGAUCCGCUCUGGAGGUCUUCACUGCUGCAGUAGUGCCAUUAGGUUUGUUCCAGAUCUGGAGGAUAUUGUAAACUUUGAAGAGCUGGUAAAGGAGGAGGGCCUUUCUGAGGAGACCCAGAAAGCAGCCAGACACCUAGACAGUGUGCUGAGUGACCUGACCAGUAACUCUGCUGAGGGAACUGAAUAUUUCAAGAUGCUGGUGGGAGUGUUUGCUCCGGAGUUUCGCAGCAUGAAGAAUAUGCAUUUAAGGAACUUUUACAUGAUUGUUCCUCCUCUGACUGUAAAUUUUGUGGAGCAUUCCAUUAGCUGCAAGGAGAAGCUGAACAAAAAGAACAAAAGUGGAGCAGCAUUCACAGAUGAUGGUUUUGCCAUGGGUGUUGCCUACAUCUUGAAGCUGUUGGACCAGUAUCAGGAGUUUGACUCAUUGCAUUGGUUCCAGGCAGUUCGAGAGAAGUACAAGAACGAAAUGAGCGCAGUGAUAAAAGAGCAGAAUGUUCAGGCAACUAACCAAGAUGAGAAGCUCAUGCAGACUAUGAACUUAACUCAGAAGAGAUUGGACAUCUAUCUUCAGGAGUUUGAGCUGCUGUACUUUUCACUGAGCAGUGCACGGAUCUUCUUUAGGGCCGAUAAGACUGCCGCAGAGGAAACCCAGGAGAAGAAGGAGACGGAAGAUGUAGCUAAAGUGGAUGAUGCUUCCUCUGAAACAGCUGCCACCUCUGAAUCCUGUGCCAAAUAAAGAAGAGCUUUCAAUACACAUUUUGGUUUCAAGUACUGAGAACUAAACAACACACUCUGAAAGAUGGUACAGUGCCAUACUUUGGAUGGUGACCAAGCCUGGAAUUGCACGACAGAUAAACACCCUCUAUUUGUUGACCAUGAUGAUGCACUAAUUUUAGUGGACUGUGAUUAUGACAUGUUGUCUGUUUAUAGAAAGUAUUACCCCUUAUAUCAACUGUUAUUAUUAUUCAUGUUUGUCAGCUGUAUUGGUUUCAUUCAGACAGACACUUUUUAGAUUUAAAGUGCUCCUGAAUUCCUAAGAGUGAUUUUUAAAUGGUUUAUUCAAAUUGUUAAGUUUGGAAUUUGGGUCUUAAAGUGGUUUGUAAAAAAAUUAAUAAAUAAAUGAAGUACAUGUCUGAAUAGCUAAGUAUGCAAGGAAGUAUCUUGUAAAGUCCUAAACGUAAUAUUAUUUCUGUUAUCUGCAGUUCUUCUAACCUUUCACAUGCUUGCACCUAAAAAAUAUUUGCAAACACACAUGCCAGUUCCCCAAUCUCCCAUGCUCAGUUGGUACAGUGUAAUGUUACGCUAGCCCACCAUUGCUGAGAUUUGGUUUUAAAUCUCAGCUGAAGCCCUGUGAAGGACUAGCACCCAGUCUAGGGUUUUCCUGCCUUGCGCCCAGUGUUUCCUGGUGGAACUGGACCCGCCAAGACCCUGACCUGAAUUAAUUGAUUGGUUAAGAUAAAAAUAACUUAAAGAGAAGUAAACAGUAUGUGACAAAAUAAAAUCAUUUCCUGUGUCCUUACUCACCUCUUUACAUAAACCGAGGUGAGAUUCUGUUACCAAAACCCAAGUAUCUGACAAAUAGAAACAACUUAAUUAGCUGUUAGCUAUCUGGCCUGCUAACAUGUCUAAUGUUUGUGAGAGAUGCUAAAUCCUGAACUGCAUACUUUUUUUACAUAGUGUUCCAGUUCAAGUAUUGGCACCAUUACUCGUGCACUAAUUUGACAUACUAGUUAUAACAAUUAGUACAUGUUUGAAUAGAAAUGCAGCUAACAUACAGUUUGUUUUAUUUUAAUUGACUGUGUUUUUAAAUAAAUUGCAAUUUAUUAUGGCAAGUCAAAUUAACGCUAACACUAAAACCAGUGAAAUGGAAAUCAGGAGAACAUUUAAACAUUGCACAGUUAUGUGUAUCACUUAUGAAUAUUAAUGAGGGCAGAUGUUUCUAGCCUGUUUUAGAUGUUUCUUGGACAAUAAAAACAUAUAAUCAUUUCUUUUUAAUGCAUUAAAAUCACAGGUUUAGGGGUACUAGUAAGUUCAGGGGAAAUAGUAAAAAAUAAAUUAAUCUUUAAAAUGUA